AUACAGGAACGCCUGUUCUCCUGGGUAAAGUGGUGCUCUUCUGUCUCCUUCCCCUGCCCCCACCACACCUAGGAACGUCUCUCCCCUUCCUUCUGAGCCAAGGGGUCUUCUUCACUAACAACCAAACAACCCAGUCAACCGGUGCUGUCUACCCUGGGAGCCUGCAGCAUUAUCCCAGGCGGUUGUAACUGGGAUCUGGCUUGCCACAGGUGAGACAUUCAGCCUUCCCGUGGUACUGGGAGCAAGGAAAGGGACAUAAGGGACACUCCAAAAGCUUGAGGUGCGCUCUCCUGCUCCAUCUGGUGUUAGCGAGGCGGGUCAAAGCCUCGUGACUCAGCUAUUUUCUGUAAGGUCCAACUUGUGUUGGCAACCUUCCUGCUCUUGCACCGUGGCAGGGAGAGGCUGGGUGGUGCCCAGCAGUGAAGCCAAUAGUUGAACAAAGUGUAGUCCGGGGUGGGGCAGUUGGUCCCCAAUGAGGGUGGGUGCUUUUGAGGAUGGGAGGCUUGUGAUACAGUUUUGUGGGCCCAAAAAAAUAGCGUUUAAGCCACUCGUCCCGCCUGAGCCUCAGAUCUUAUUUUCUCGGCUCCACAGUAUUUCCCUAAGAGGGUCUGCGUUGGACCCUGUCUGCAUCUGCUGGCCAGUUGAGUGGGAAAGUUGGUGCACACAGAGCCAAACGACGAGAGCGGACCCCAAACCAGAUCCUCUGAGCCAAACCACAUGGAACUUUGGGGCCGUUAAGACUCAGCCCAAAUCUUUUCAGUGUUUCUCUAGUUCAAACAGUGUAGCAGCCAGGCAGAAGUGAGGCCCAUGCCUGGACUGGAACACUGUUCUGAAGUGACUGACGUCGGCUUGGCCAGCAUGGGUACCAUCGGAACACCAGUGGGACCCAACCAUGCGUAACAGGGAGGCUGAGACCCUGGAGAUAGGGUGGCUGUGGGGCAGGGGAACAGUGCUGGGUUCUGGUGGGUUUUUUUUAAUGUCUUGAAAUGUGAAGAAAUGUAGGUUAGGAGGGGUUCCCACAUGGGUUUCCAAAACCUCAUUCACUGCAACACGCUGCUUCAGUGCACAACUGUGGUGAGCGUCUUCAAAGGGCAGGCGGGUGCCUGGGGUUGGUGUCGGGGUUUCGAGGACACGUCUGACAACCCGUCAAGUGGUAGGAAAUAGAACCGAGCGUGCAGGCUGGGAAAAGCGUGCUGGCGUCCGCUCCUGCAAUGCCUUUGGCUCCGGCUGGGGCCCAGGCCUGCUCGGUACGUUCGGCCCACUGUGAUCCCUGUGUCGCGAGUGGCUAACAGUCUGAGCCGCAUACACGUGCUGCCUUCUGGCCUCGGACUCUCCGGAGGAGGCGUGUCGAAGGCGAAGCUAUCAACCGCAGGUCUGUGCGUGGAUUUACCUGUGCGUCGAUAGAGACACGCCCAAUACGCCAGCUUCUCCGGAGCUAGACAUGGGCAUAAGCUUAGACAGACGUGCACACAGUAGCCACUGGAAUUUAAAAACAAACCAACCUAGAUUCCGGAAAACAUUUUUAUUCUGCCUCCUGUCACUCCACAGCCAGCUUUUAUGGACUCUCUUGCUGUGGGGUGAGGCGGUGACGUAAAAUUGCCCCUAGAGCCCAUUGCGGAGGAGGGGUUGGCUGGGCGUUACACGUGAAGAGGUGGUGCCGUUGGGUCCCCUUCACGGCUGGAGGGGGGUCGAGGCACAGGACUGUUCAUUGGUUGCUCCCAGGUCACACAGGAAUUGAACUAAGCCUGCAGCCCCGACCACCCUGCUUUCUCUUUGCCCUUGCUCCGUAGCCAGGCCCAGGUCUGGCUGUCAGAGCCGGCAGCGGCCAAUGGAGCCUGGCCCAGCAUGGCCACGCUGGAAAGAAGUGGCAGAGGAGUGUGCAGCUUCCUGCUCCAAUGUGGUUACUCGCUCCCAGGUGAGCCCAGGACAGGAACCCUCCCCUCUUCCACCCUCUUUACCCUUUCCUGACUCGGGUGGUGCUGGCUCAUGGGGGCCGCUCAAGGAGGCUGCAGGUGCACCCCGGAGCUGCUUGCUCAGAAGCACCUUGCAUGCCUGCCCCCUGCCUGUGGGAGCCGCAGUCAGGGUGAGCGUCUUACGUCGGAAGGUGGUGGGCGGAAGCUCUUUGAGGUUUGCUGCUGCUGUCUCAGGCUGCUUAGACUCAUAUGUCUGAGUAGAUCCCUCUCUGCUAGGGCGAUGCAGGCGUAUAAAGGCGGUGCCGGCUUCCCUCCCGGGGCUCAGUCUGAGGCUGACACGGCCGGAUUUAGCUGCCGCAUGACAGAGGCGCUCCCUAGCCGGCGCGGCCCAGCCGUUCCGCUUCCCGCCAUGCAGCAGAACUUGAACUACGUCUACCCCCAGAUCUUUUGGGUGGACAGCUGCGCCAGCCCCACGUGCGCCCCGCCUGCGCCCGUCGCCUCCUGCCCGCCGCCCGUGCCAGAGAGGAGGAGGAGGAAACAGAGCAACACCAGGGAUGGUUCGCGCCUCUGCUUCUUGGUGGUUUUUCUGCUGGCCCUGCUGGCGCUGGCCGGAGUGGGGCUGGGGAUGUUUAAGAUCGUCCAGCUGCAGAAGGACCUGGCUGAGCUCCGAGAGCAAAUCAGCACCGGGCACGUCCCUUCAUCUGCGGAGAAGCGCCUAGGACUUCUUGAUGCAACAGCAGAGAAGGUGAUCAAGAAGGCAGCACAUUUAACAGGCAAGGCGGAUCAGAAGGCCCUCCCUCUGGAGUGGGUGACCACCCUCGCACGCCGGCAGCGGGGGCUGGCGAUCAACGAGACGGGCCUGUACUUCGUGUACUCCAAGGUGUUCUUCCGAGGCAAGGUGUGCAGCAGCCAGGCCUUGGACCACGUGGUCUUCAAGCGCAACCCCGCCUACCCCACCAGCCAGGUGCUGAUGGAGGACAAGAAGCUGAACUACUGUGCCGCUGGGAAGAUGUGGGCCCGGGGCAGCUAUCUGGGCGCUUUGUUCAACCUCACCAAAUCAGACAGCUUGUACGUCAACGUCUCUGACGCAGCGCUGGUGAAUUUCGAGGAAAGCAAGACGUUUUUUGGUUUAUACAAACUUUAGAGCUGGCCCCCCAAGAGUCGCUUUCAGCCCUCGCGACUGAUGGGAGCAGGAGCUGGGUACCCUAUGGUCCAGGGGACUUUCACAGAGCCGCUCGGAACCUGUACUGGCCUGCAAGGAGCCCACCCGAAAUCCUUUGUUUGGCCUUUGACAUGAGACCGUCGAAGCGAUCUGGGACCGGUCAGAUCUCCGAGGAUUGACACUUGGACUUUGGGAACUACGUGGCUCGCCCUAGGAAAACCUGAGUGUAGCUGAGAAACACCUGCGAUCGGAAAGGUCUCCUCGAAACUCACUACUCGCUCCAGGGGAGCAGCUGCUACCUGAGAAAGAAGCUGAUGCAUCGGGCCAAAUUCUGCCUUGGGAAAAUGUCAUUUACCCACCGAGCCGGUGUUUGGUCCCCCGGAGAGGCCGAGUGUUUGUGUGCCUCUCCCCCAGGCUGGGGAGCAGGGAGAAGAGGGGCUGUGCAUGUCUGGGGUUGACGUGUGUUUGUGGGCAGAGCAUUGGCGAUUGGGAAAGCCCCUCCUGCUGUUCUCCAGCCAGUGGCUGCUCUUUGCUGCUCUCAUGGAGGCGGGAGGGCGCUGCCUGGCACGGGAUGCCAUCGUUUCUGGGGAGCAUUCAUGUGAUGCGUGGCCAUUUAGCGCCUUACCCUUUGCUCUUGCAAGCGCCGCCGUGUCUGCAGGGGAUGGCGGGGAGCAGGGGAGGGUGUUACUCUGGGAAUGGCUUCGUUCUGCUUCCAGGGCUCCUCGGGCUGCAUGUCAUGGCGGGUAAGAAG